UCGCCUUUUAUAUAUAUUUGGGGGGGGGGGGGUCAGAUACCGACACCCCGACGCAGACAAUGAAUAAAGUUACCGCGUGAUCGAACAUGCCGGCACACUGACAUGUUUGGAGAGAAAUCCACAACAUUGAACCAUCGAUCACGGGCCGUAACAUUGGUCGCGAAAGCCCACGCGUUCGAUCAGCCCUUAGGAUCGCAAUCAAUCAGUCCGGCGCUCUCGACCCAUCGAGCAUCAUGAUGUCGCACGCACACACGUCCGCUGGCAUCGCAACUCAAAACCACGCGAGACGUCACGGAUUUAAAUCCCCCCCCUCCCGCCGUGUAGCAGCAGCUGCAGCAGCAGUGCAGGGUGUGGCUUGGAGCGCGAACGCGGCUGCUCGCUGCUGUUGCACGGGAGACGGGAGCUGGGGUCUUCGACGCGCACGGAACGCCGUCAAUGCGAGCAUCACGGCGGCGGCAACAGCAGCAGCAGCGGCAGGAGCAUCGGCAGCAUGUAUCGAGCCUUCCUCUUCAGCUCAGUCCUGGGACUUGUCGGGUUCGCCUCCCGAUGCGGAUCUUCGCCGACGAUGAUGGGAGUCGAAGUCGACUUCGACGCCGCCACGCAGAGUGUCUUCGUGUUCCUGCAGCCAAACUCGCAUUGUGAUCGCGAGGGCAGCACGGAGCACGUGACCUUCGCUCAGGUGCACACGACCUGCCGAGACCGGCGGCGCCCGGCAGCCUCCGUGUCUCUGCGAUGCCGACCGCACCGGGAGCAGCCGGUCGCUCCGUCAAGCGUGUACCUGUGCAGCAAAGGCGGUGACAUCGCGUAUGGCGUCACGUCGUGCGGAAGCCCCAUGCGGAUGAUGCUGCGGCUGCCCGCGGAUGCUGGCUGCGGCGAGGAUGCGAACGGAACUUCUGACGACUUCUCCUCGACCCCAGGCACGGCUGGAGGACAGGCGCCGAUCGCUGCCUCCGCUGGCGCGACCGUGGUGUGCGCGAACGCGGCGCUCUGCGCCAACUCGUCGGAGCCGCGCUCGCUCGGCCUGGCGUGGGGUCGCGCGUUCACCGUCUUGCUGCGGCCUGCGGAUGCCGUUGAAGAAGAAUUUGCGUCCGUGGAGCGCAUGGCGGAUGUGGCGAGCGAGCGGCCACACCCCGCGGACAGGAACACGCUCUUCCACGGUGUGGUCGCCUUCCUCGUCUGCGUGGGAGUCGCCCUGCUGGCCCUGCUCGUCGUCUGGACCAAACGGCAAAGGUCACAGCAGCGAACGGGGCCUGGCCAAAAGGACAUCACUGUUCAAGAGGCGCAAUUUGCUUGAAUACAUUUCUCCCAUUCAGCUUUGUAGAAUGUUAGGGCAAAAACGCUGUUAGCGAGCGCCGGUUAAGGCCAACGCAACACACGACGAGUACGCGCACACGGAUCUGCGAUGAACCCGCGAUUUAUCCGUGGGACGAUUAUCCUAGCUGCGGAUUAACCGUGCUCAUGUGAAGAAAAAAAAGGAUACCUGUGUAAUGUAACCACUCUCUAGACAUCAACUGUAGGGGCUUCUCCUUUAUUCCUUCACACUCACACGACGACAACUCGGCAGUACGGAAUAUAACGCUGACAGUCUAGCUAUGAUGGCGCUGACCUAACUAGAUAGCCGGUUGACUGUCUAGCGACGGCGACGACGAAGCGAUGACAAAGACCACAGGGACGACGAAGAUGACAGCGACGACGACCCCCACGACAGCCCAGAACCCCGUUCCUCGCUCCCUUUUAUUCUCCCAGCGUGGCCGUGGCUCCGCCCUGGCCACGCCCCCUUUCUCGAACUCUCUGGUGGGUUCUGGGAGCUCCCUUGGCCUAAAUGUUCCCCCUUGUGGUCGCUCCCGUGUAUCUGUCCUCCCUUCUGCCCAUACUGCUCCCACACCCGCAAUUACCACUUCUGGCCGCCAGUCAGCGCACUGUCUCUACACCUGUACACACGGCAAUUUCAUCGCGAGCUGCUCCUCAAACGUCGUGGGUCGGCGACUCAAUGCCCACGUGACCGUAAAUGCGUCGGCGAGUCAUGCGAUUGUUUUCUGCAAUGAUGAUUGGAAUACAAAGUUACUCUUUUGUGGGAUACAAUAUCGAUUGAGUAUCAAUAAAAGUUGCAAUAACUUGACUUUAAAGAUACCCGUAUUGAGAUACCGCAUAGAGACCCAUCUAAAAUGUACACACAUCAAACAGUAAUAAUUAUGUCGCGCAUAAAAUGCAUCCAUUGGCUGAAAACAUCCUAAUACACAGAGAACCGCAGAGCUUUGGAAAUUGUUGGUCGCUCCGGCUCACCGCGUGGCUUGCCUUCCCGUUUGUGGUUCCCUGGCGACUUGCAAGAACGAUGCCCCCCCGACCCCCCCAUCCCCACAUACUUCAGCCCCCCCUGCCCCGCCCCUCUCUGACCCUCCACACCCCCUCCACCCCUCCCCUCCUGCCAACCUGCAGCCGCUGUUCUCAGGAGUUAAGAUCGAAUUCUCUGAUUUAGUUGCUUCGUUUGCGAGCACUGUGCCCGAUGCCGAACGCUGUCCCCUGGAUGUGUUGUUGUUUACGUUGUCGCGAUAUCUGCACACUCUGUAACGCCGCUAAUUAAGGAGAAAUAACAACGCUCGUUUUGUAUUAAAGCUCAUGAAAGAUGUGGACUUCCAACCGCUCAUGCUGCAGGUUCGUGGGUGAUCUGUUGUGAAUUGUAACGUGAAUGAACCUCGUUGCUUCGGUGAGGUGUUGUUACGUCCACACGGUGGGGCAGAAUUGCGGCACACGUGCGUGCGUUUCGAAACCUUGAAAUAAUUUAAAACACUUUCGUUGAUGAAGCUGUAUUAGUACAAACCCCCGCAGGCACAAUGAGUGUUGUGGCACCAACACAACUGUGAAACGGCACACCCACGUGUGUUAUGAAUGCGCCCCACAAUUCAUGAAUGUAAGCCAACAUUAUUACGCGCACCGUUUUCGGAUGGCGUAAGAACAACUCGGGUGAAGUGGACAAACAAAUGGAGAAGAAUCGAUCACAGUUUGG